UGCGUCUAUGAAUUCUGUCACAGCAGUGCGACAGCGAAGUCCAGCUGAGCUAGCUGCUCUCUUAUUCCCAAAGCGAACGUGAUCGUCUGUCUGGAGGAUCCAGAUUAUAGGCUCAGACCCCUUGUGUGUAGUUGAUAGCUCCCUCGAGUUGCUGUGACAUCUGGUCGGCCGGAGACAGAGAGAGAAGCGGUCGCCAUGUCCUCGGUGAAGGUGGCGGUGCGGGUCCGCCCGUUCAACGCCAGGGAGAAGGGGAGAAACGCCGUCUCUAUCAUUGCCAUGGAGGGAAAGACUACCUCCAUCUACCGACCAAAAGCAGUGGCCACCGACCAACCAAAGACCUUCUCCUUCGACUAUUCCUAUUGGAGCCAAACCGGGCCGGAGGACCCGAACUUUGCCAACCAGGAGCAGGUGUACAACGACAUUGGGAAGGAGAUGUUGGAACAUGCCUUUGAGGGGUACAAUGUCUGUAUAUUUGCCUAUGGGCAGACAGGGUCAGGCAAGUCCUACACUAUGAUGGGGAUGGGUACCAGGGAAGAAGAAGGAAUCAUACCACGGACUUGUCUGGAGAUGUUUGAGAGAAUGGACGGAAACGAAGAUAGCAACCUCACCUAUUCCGUCGAAGUGAGCUACAUGGAGAUAUACUGCGAGAGAGUGAAAGACCUUCUGAACCCCAAGUCCAAAGGAAAUCUUCGUGUCAGAGAGCACCCAGUCCUAGGUCCCUACGUCGAGAGCCUUGCCAAGCUGGCCGUCACGACGUUUGGCAACAUCAAGUCACUGAUGGACGAGGGCAACAAAGCAAGAACUGUGGCAUCAACCAACAUGAACGCCGUCAGCUCUCGCUCGCACGCUGUGUUCACCAUCAUUCUGACACAGAAGAAGCGUGACACACUGACAGAGCUGAUUUCUGAGAAGGUGAGUAAGAUCAGUCUGGUCGAUCUGGCUGGCAGCGAGAGAGCUAAAGACACUGGCGCCGAGGGAAAACGAUUGCAGGAGGGGGCCAAGAUCAACCAAUCCCUCACCACUCUUGGUAAAGUCAUUCACUCUCUCGCCGAGCAAGCCUCGUCUGCAGCAAAGAAGAAGAAAAAAGGGGAAAAGUCGUUCGUUCCCUACAGAGACUCCGUCCUCACUUGGCUACUCAGAGAAAACCUCGGUGGUAACUCAAGGACUUGUAUGCUUGCUGCACUUUCUCCUGCCGACAUAAACUACGAAGAAACACUGAGCACUCUGAGGUACGCGGACCGGGCAAAGCAGAUCGUCUGUGCUGCAGUUGUCAAUGAAGAUCCAAAUGCAAAAUUGAUCAGACAGCUAAAAGAGGAAGUCAAGAAACUGCACUUUCUCAUCAAAGCCGAAGGCUUGGAAGCCAAAGUCGCAUCAUUCGACCUACACUAUGUACCUACUGGAGGAGGGGGAGCACCUGACACUCCCGGAACACUCAAAGCCGUUGAAAAACUCAAGGAAGCGGAGAGGCUGAUGGCUGAACUCAACAUGACGUGGGAGGAAAAGUUGAAGAAAACGGAAGCCAUUCAGAAAGAGAGGGAGGAGGCUCUGGCAGAAAUGGGUAUAGCUCUCCAGGACCAAGAGGGAAGGGCGGUUGGAGUCAUGCAACCCAAAAAGACUCCCCAUCUGGUGAACUUGAACGAAGAUCCUCUCAUGUCAGAAUGUCUCCUGUACUACAUCAAGGACGGCACCACCAAGGCUGGAAGUGGAGGUGACAUUCAAUUGAACGGAGAGUUCAUUCUUGAAAAACACUGCACCUUCGUCAAUGGGAAUGGUGUGGUGAGCAUAGUCCCAAACCCAGACAGCCAGACCUUCGUAAACGGGAGACCGGACUCAUAACCGAGCCCGAGGAACUGCGAACUGGAUCGCGAAUCAUCCUUGGGAACAACAUGUCUUCAGAUUCACCAACCCAGAACAAGCUCGAGCAAUCCGUGCUGUCUCCCCGACGGCCUUUGAAAACCCUCGCUCGAUGACCCCCAUGGGACCCACUGCGACAGCCCUCUUCAUCGAGGCAAUGGUGGGUCAGGCUCACUCGGUGGGGGGUCUCCCGCCAGUUUCCUUGACAACAUGGGCGUGGUAGACUGGUCAUUUGCCCAGAAUGAGCUGCUGAAGAAGACGGGGAGGAACAUAUCCACCAGACAGGAAUAUGAGGAAAAGAUCAUAGAGCUGCGAGAGGAGGGAGCUGGAGGAGGACAGGCAGAGGCAAGAGGGGAGGAGACUGGAGCCCACAGAGAAUGGAGUCACGGAGAACAGAUGGGAGAGCUGGAGGUGGAGCUGGAGAGGAAGAAGAAAGAGGAGGAGCUGGUGGUUCUGGAGGAGAAGGAAGAGAGGAUUACAGAGCUGGAGCACCAGCUGGUCCAGAAGGCAGAGGAUCAGCAGAGGAUUGAGAAUCAGAAGAGAAAAUAUGAGGAGAAACUGGAGGAGCUGGAGAAAGCCAUGGUUCAAAGGUCGGCCAGAAGAGAGAGGAUUCCCUCGUCUCUCAGAGGAUGGAGUACGAGAAGAUGCUGAGUCAGCAGCGAGGGCUCUACGGGGAGGAAGAUGAGUGAACUGGAGAAACUGGACUCCCAGAGAAAGGAGUAUGAGGCGGAGUUGGAGAUGCUGCAGGAACAGAAGAAGAGCUACGAGGCCAAGAUGGAGGAAUACGAGGCCCUCCAGCUACAGAAGAAGAACUACGAGGCCAAACUGAGCGAGCUGGAGUCAGCUCUGGUCAAGGAGAUUCAGUCUGAGAGAACCGCUUCUGAAGAGAUACUAGAGCUGCAGAGAAAGGAGCUCAUGACUAAACUAGAGCAGCUUGGAGUGGCGAUGACACUGAGACAGAAAGAGGAUGAAAUGAUGGUUGUUCGAGAGAAAGAUAAAAGGAUCUCUGAACUAGAGGACAAUCUGAGGUCAAAGUCUGUUGCAGAGCAGGCCUUGGAGCAGCAGAAACAGGAGAAGAAGAAGCGAAUGGAUGAGUUGGAGAAAUCUCUGGCUGCAGUCGAGGAGGAGCUGAGUCUCAAGAGAACAGAGCACUCCACCUCAAUGACGGAGCAGAAGAAACAAUUUGAGGCUCUUAUUGAGCAGCAGAGAAAGGAAUAUGAUUCCAACGUCCAAGAACUGGAAUCCAUUCGCUCUGAAAAGGACAACUAUGAGGCAAAGCUGGACAAAUUCAGAGCACAGAAACAGGAACUCCAGUCGAAGAUUGAAGAUAUGGAUGACCUGCACAGACAGAAGAAGAACUAUGAGAGGAAACUGGAGGAGCUGCAGAAGGCACUGGAGCAGCAGAGAGCCAAGAGAGUGGCUGCAGAGACCAUGGACCAAGUCAUGCCAAUGCUGAAUCAAGAGCAGUGGAGAUAGCCAAGAAGGUUGUACAGGGUUGGGGCAGCUACGCUUUCACUUCUCAAGGAGGAGCUACUCUCGAAUGUGUCAAUCCUCAAAGAGGCCAACGCCAUAAGUGUGGAGCUCCAGAAGCACGUCUCAUUCCAGUUCCCAUUCUCACCGACACCCCCUAUUCCCCAUCCGUUCUCUGUUGCCACGGGGAAACAGACGUCGAUAUCGAUCUGGAAGAGAGUAAGUUUGCUGUGGCUCAGAUGGAGAGCAUGGACCCCUUCAGACCAAGGGUCCUCUGUGGCGUGGAGGUGAAAGACAGUAAACAUGGGGCCACGCACUGUGCGUCCAUCAGCAAAACUAAGGUCAGUGUGUGAAUCAUGAGAAACUUUUAAUGCAACGCAUUUGGCG